GAUAAAAUCUUUAAAAAUCAAUUUAACGAUUUUUUGGUGAAAAAAUUUUUUUCUGAAAAGAAAAAUAAGUUGUUUUUUGUUUUGCAUACAGUUUAUAAAUAUGUUAAUUUCUGUGAAUGUUAUUACCAAAAGGAUGAAGAGAGGAGUAUGAACCGUGUAAAUUGGAGUAAUUAGAAAGAUUGCGCGCUGUAUUUUUUUUUCCUUUUUUUCCGAAAUCGAUUUCAUCAAAAAACGUGUGAAGUGUGUGCGGAUCAAACGUGUUUUUUGGAGUAAUAAAAAGAAAAAGGUUCAACUUCCUAUGUUGAUUUAAGGAAAGUGAAGAGCCUUUAUAUUUGGAAAAGAAAGAAAGUAAAAAGAAAAAAAAAAAGUGCUGCUUUCGAUGUAGCGUGACUUCAUGUGUAAUUGCCGUGUUGCCCGGGGGUUUUCAAAUUGGUACGCUUGAAGAGAAAAAGGAAGUGGACCGACCGGAAGAAGACUCCAGGAGAAGGAAGAGAUGGCAUCUCGUGUACUUGGACUUUUGCUCUUCACACAUUUUGUUCUCGCUUCGAGCGUCAAAGGGAGCAGUGAACCGUGGCUAAAAGUCGAGAAGAGCGCUGAACUUGGUACAGAAGUUCAGCUACCGUGCCGUCUAAAAUUGCCACAAUGCGUCGGUCUUCACAGCAUAAAAUGGUAUCGUGGAAACACCCGGAUUUUUGUUUACAGCGAAGAUGUUGGCGUCACGCGUAUCGACACCGAAAUGGACCCUGGAGCUGGUAUGAUGAUUGCAAAAAAUGACACUGAGACUUUUCUAAAAAUUCCAAACAUCAAAAUUGCCGACGAGGGAUUGUACAAGUGUGAGGCUACUUAUUUGGCAGUGAAUCGAGAAUGCAACAAUGUUCAACAUAUCACACUCAACGUCACUGUUCAACCAGUGUACGUUCGUGUUAUCGACGAAGAUACAAAAGCAACUCUCGAAACAGGAAAAGUCUUGGGACCAAUAAACGAUGGUACCAAGAUUUCCUUGAGGUGCGAGAGUAGUGAAGGUCGUCCCGUUCCAAUCGUUGAAUGGUACAACGGCGAUAAGCUUCUUGAAUCGGAAAGCACGUCGCAAGUUGAAGAAAAUGGAAUCGGCACCGGAAGCAGCCUGUUGAAUCUGCAGGUUACACGCAGUGAAUUAGGCGCUAACCUUACUUGCAAGAUCAGCAGCAGUCUUACUCUUGCUGAGCCUCUCACAAUUGACAUCAGAUUAGACGUUCACGUUGCCCCAUUAACGAUGAAUAUACGAAAUAAUAAACGAGGACAAGCGAUUCGAGGCUCUCAGGUUUUGUUGGAGUGUUCUGUUGGUGCUGCGAGACCUGCUGCCAAUGUCACCUGGUUCAAUGGUACAACACCUGUCAAAAAUGACAGCAAAAGAUUGGACAUGCUUGAAACAAAAAUACUCGAAAGUCCUGACGGAACGGCGGAAACGAAGAGUUACUUUAUUUUUACAGUAACAGAAUACGAUAGUGGAAUUCCAUUUAGUUGCCAGGCUGAGAAUUCGGUCAUGCAAAAAGAAGGAACAAAACCUUUGAAAGAAACAACAACAAUCGAAGUCUUAUACGAACCGUUAAUAACAUUAAAACCAAAUAACAUAACAGUGAAUGAAACAGAACAAUUUACAAUGCUUUGCGAGUACGUCGCCAAUCCAGCCACAUUGACGAGUGUAAAAUGGUUACGUGAUGGAGAAGAAAUUGCCUUAGAUCCAUUAAUUUAUGAAGGUGGUUCCAUACAAAAGACGGAUCUUACGAUUAAAAAUUCCACCUCUGAACAUAUGGGAAAUUAUACGUGUGUUCUGGAGAAUACAGUGGGAAAGGGCAAUACAUCAGACUUUGUUGUUGUUUCCGUAUUGUAUAAACCGGAGGUGGAAGUUAGUAUGGAGCCGAGUGGUCCUAUCAAUGAGACUGACCGUGUGAACGUUUCUUUGACUUGCGAAGUCACCGACGGAAAUCCGAGGACCUUGAUUGCUGUCCGUUGGUAUUUGGAUGGGGAUCUACUGAAGGAACUUCCGGAUUGCACUCGGAACACGACUCCAGUGACCACAGAUGAAAUAGCCACCUUCUGCGACAUUGAUCCAAGUAAAUUGCUCCUGGAGGCUGUCGGGAGAUCAUUUCAUGGAAACUAUUCCUGCGAAGGGAGAAAUGAAGCUGGAUGGGGACCCAUAUCUUCAAGCACGCCAGUUGUUGUAAACUAUAAACCGGGACCAGCCUCGAUAUCAUACGAACCCCUUCGAGUGAUCAAAAAACACAGUUUAACUAUUACAUGCUCAGUGGAAGAUCCAGGACGACCGGAAAUUGCAGGCUUCAAAUGGAUGCGUGGUCUUUAUAGAUUACCGGAUGAAAAUAAAUCAGUUCUCAAAAUUGAAUCGGCAAAUCUUGAAACUGAAGCUAAUUUUACAUGUAUGGCAUAUAAUUCAGCAGGCGAUGGUGAUUCGGCAACAACUUUCGUUGAUGUUCAAGCUCCUCCGGCAUUUAUUAAGAAACUUCCACCAUACGUGGGUUUUGCCUACAAUGCAUCGAGUGUGAGCAUUGAAUGCAUUGUGGAAUGUGCGCCAAUUUGUAAUAUUUCCUGGAAAAAGGGCGAUAAAUUAAUUGAUUUUUCCGAAUCGAAACAAUAUUACGUUAAUAAUUUUUAUCGUUCACCGGAUUUACGAACAUUCGAUUUUGAAAGUAUACAGUCGACUUUAAUUUGGAAUCUCACUGCCUGGCCGAAUGGUCAACUUGAUAGAUUAGAAGAUAAUGGAAGAUUCACCUGUGAAAGUACCAGUAAUGGCGUUGGAAAAGCCGUUAACAGUAAUACCACAUUUCAAGUUGAAUAUCCACCAGAGAAUCUAACGAUAUCAAGGGAGAGAAUAAACGUCAUCGUAGACCAUAUACCGGAAAAAAUAAGUUGCUCAGCAAAGGCUUAUCCGGAACCACAAUUUGAAUGGUAUCGUGAAGGAUCGAAUGAAAUUCUAGGAACUUCAAAUACACUUUCAUUUGAAUAUACAUUUCCAAAAAGAAGUAAUGGAACGUAUUACUGUAGAGUUAAAAAUCGUCAAGGAGUUAAUAAUAUCUCGACUUAUAUAAACGUUCAAUAUAAACCGGAAUGCCGAAUAGAAAGAGAAAGAAGAGACGGUCAGGAUUACAUCGUUUGUUCGGCUGAGGGCAAUCCGAAGGAAUCUGAUUUUACUUGGACUUUAAAAGUUGGUAACGAUACUUUCGAUCAAAAUGCGGAAAUACACGAGGGCAAAAGUUAUAUUUUAUUGGAGGACCUUAACAAAUUUCGUACCUAUAUAUGCGUCGCCAACAACUCCAUUGGUUUUUCAAACGAAUGCGAACUCGACGUUCCAGCUCGCCUGGGAUACGACGGAAGUACUCCAUGGUGGUUGAGGAUUUUAGAAAUGCCCACACUUGCGAUCAUUGUCGCGGUGGUUGUUCUAAUUGCGAUCAUCAUUGCUGGCACUGUCAUUUUCAUAGUUUGCCGACGAAAGCGCACUCCGGGGAAAUACAGUAACCGGGUGGUUGAACUGGAAGAACGCGAGCAUCCCGACGGUGGACCUCCGAGUCCAACAGCGUCCUCAUACUCGACGCAAAGCCCGAGUCAUCCUACACCCGCUCCGAGAUGGCCACUCAAACCUGGCGUUCUCGUACACGUCAAUCGCACUCACAGUCUCAGAUCGGGUUUAAGCUCUCGAUCCAAUCAGGCAUUGAGAAUCCACUCGGACACCUCCUUGAGCGAACCAUUUACCACCGAGAGAGAUAGUGGGAAUUGUCCUUCACUUAUGAGAACGCCAGUGAGGCCAUUCCGCCGUGGAAAGGAUACAAAUAGACAAAGGCCAAUGAAUGGAAUUAUUGGCAUUCAAGAUGACGGUAUGUUUGCAAGAGCCAAUAAAAUAAGAGCUAUUUUCAAUGCGCAAAUCAGCAAGGAGCAGGAUUCAUUUCCAGGAAUAUCGAGAGGAAAAACAGCCGUGACUUACAAGCGAAUAGCGCCACGACAGAGGAUCAUGCACGAUGCUCUUAAAACAACAGAUCUAAACAAAUCCAGGCCCAAUGUUUCUCGUAAGCGUAAAAAACCCGGUUCAGAUCCGAAUCAAACGACAAAUAGCAAUCACAUGGGUAGCCUGUCAGAAGGAAUGACCGAUCCCGAUACGAAAACAUUUUACGAAAACUUACCAUUUCAUGGGAUACAGACUCCGCCCAAUAAGUUGGUUUCUCCUAAGUUUGCCCAAGUUUCGGCUUUGCAUGGCACGUUGCAUUCAACCACGACUUCGCCAUGUUCCUCGCGGCCGUUAAGCAGAACGACCAGCCUCUGCGGUGGCAGUUCCGGCUACGAAUCAACAAGAAGUCACCUGGGUCCACACUAUAGCAUUCAUAAUAUGCCCCGAAGUAAUUCACCCGAAUUAAAAUACAAUACAUUGAAACCACGUCGCAGAAAACACCGACACUCACAAUUUUAUUCAUUAAGAUUAUGUCGAAAGCACGAGGCAUCGGCUGUUAAUCGUAAUUUUCAACUAUACGCAAUACCAAUAUAUAAAAGUUGUCCACACAAAACAGGUAGUACAAGUACAAUUGCCACUUCAAUAAGAUCAAAUGAAUGUACACCAACGUCAACACUAACACGCUCAUCCCGCGAGACAAUCAAAUCAGAAAUAAUCAAGACUGAAACCAUUAAGAAGACUGAAACAAUUGAAUCGACCUCCUCCUCCUCAUCGACACUUCAUUCCACCAAUUCACAAAGAAUUCAUUCGAAGCGAAACAAUAAAAUUAAUUUCAUUCCUUCCGAUGAAGGUGUUAAUUUUGAAAUUACAAAAAUCGAUGAUCGAAACAAAAUUGAUGAUGAUGUAAUCCAGAGUUCUGAAUUAAAUUCAAAACGAAUCGAUAAACAAUUAAUUGGUGGUGAAAAGAGGAGUAAAUGUGGAAAAAAAGAAAUUUUACGUAUAAAGAAAGAAGAGAAGGCAAAGAUAUUAACGAUGACAACAGCAACAGCAAUAGCAACAGCAACGAGAAUAACGCCACCAGUGCCAGCGCCAAGAACAAGAAAAACAAAUCCCAUUGAACAUACAUACCAAAAUAUUCCUCCUCCUGUAUUUCCUGAGAAAAGCGCCACUGCCUGCAAGCUCAAGACCAACAACAGUAUAUGUGACUACAAAGAGCACUAUCAGCAACACCAGCAACAGGAAAUGCAACAAUACGGCUAUCCAAUGCCGAGCAACAGUUCCAGCCAACUAACUCUGCCAAUAGCACGAAGCCUCUAUCAUUCCUCCGUAGUCAGUCCCCUGCAGACAUCCUACGUUCAAACUAACAAUCGUCAUUCCUUAAUGCAUCCCGAUGGCAGUGCCAGUGUUCCCCUAUCCCUUGUUCAUGGGGACGAUCUCGAUCUCACUUACGAUCGUCAAUUAACAAAUUCAUCGUCAACCGGUCGACGUAAUGAUCGUCGGAAAUAUCGCAAGCAUGGAAGGGGCGAUCGUAAGCAAAAAAGAAGAGGAGACUCGCGUCGCGCCGCCAAUGAAAAUCACAGUGAAACGAGUUUUAAUCGUGUACAAGAAUUGGGCAUACCGGAGAGUUAUAAAAUAUCGUAUCCACAUUAUUAUGAGGAUGCGAUAACGGAAUGUCCGCCCGAUUAUCCGAGGCCAAAUUUAAUCACGCAACAAUCGCAGCGUGAUUUUGAUGUUAAUCGUUAUCCGGGUAAUGGUGGGACUGGUAAUAUGCAUUACGCGGAUUUAAGUUUAACUAAAAAUAGAAAUAAGGCGACGAAGAGGUAUUCAACGAGUACGAGAGACGCUCGUUCGCCGUCGAUGCCUUCGAUCACCCAGUACGCUGAACUAAACUUGCGCGAUGUCGGUCAGGAGAUCGAUGUUUAAAGCCUUUCAAGCCGGAAUUUUCUGACCUGGAUUAUGCAGAUGUGGACUACCGAUCGUAUGGGCCUAUAAACUAUAAAGCUGCAAGCAUCGCUCUGCUACAAAAUCGAAAACAACAACAGCAGCUGUUAGAACGAAG